AUGUAUAUACAACCUUCAGACUAUGGAAAGGUAUUCAAGGAAAUUAAACGUACAUCAUUAUCACAUUCAACGUGUAAGUUAAUUAUAUUUGUUUCAUGUUUAAGCAUCGAUUCUUUAUGUUCAGCCAAAAUUUUGAGCGUACUAUUGAAAAAAGAGCUAAUACAGUACCAGCUCAUCCCCGUUGUGGGGUAUUCUGACUUAAAAGUUCACUUCAAGAAUUUAGACAUUGAUGUAAGUAAUGUAAUAUUAAUUGGCUGUGGUGCAAUGUUGGAUUUAGAAAGCUUUUUCGAAAUUGACCUGGAAGACUAUGAAUAUAAAGCCACAACGGUAGAGGAUGAUGGUGAGUUAUCCAAAAUAGAUAAAAUAUUUAAGUCUCGCCUGAAAAGACGCAUAUUUAUCAUUGAUGGUCACAGACCGUGGAACUUGGAUAAUAUAUUUGGGUCUUCAGCAAUAAUCUGCUUUGAUGAUGGAUUCAUUGACAGAAAUCUUAAUGAAGAAAGCGAAGCUUUCAAGAUAUUAUCACAGAUUGAAGAAGAUGAGAGUGAUGUCCUGUCCGCUGAAGAAAGUGAUUUGGAAGCUGAAGAACUGCUUGACGAACAAAGCACUGAUGCCGAUGAAAAAGAACAAGGUUCUCAAUCUGGGACCCCAAAAAAAAGAAGAAAGCGGGAGAGGGAAGAAAGGAAAAUGAAGAAACAGCGGAGAGCUGAUAUUUCGCAUUCUGAAGACAUAGUUGAUGCUUACUAUAACCAAGGCACAACUAUUUCCUCAUCUACGACGGCGACUAUUUAUGGAUUGUUAUCUAUAAUUGGAGAAACGAGCAUUGAAAAUUUGUGGUUGGCUAUUAUUGGUACUUCAUCUCUUGAUAACAGAUACCCUGAGGUAUACGACCGAAUUCAGCCACUUUAUAAGGAUGAGGUAUUGAGAUUAAGUCCUUCAGCAAAUUUACAAAACGAAAAAACAGCAGAUACAACAUCAUUGGAUAUCAGUAAGGACUAUCAUUUAUUUCUAUUAAGGCAUUGGACGCUUUAUGAUUCAUUUCUUUAUUCAAGUCAAGUGAACGCAAAGCUCAAUUUAUGGACCGAAGAAGGAAAGAAAAAGUUGCAUAAACUCUUUGCAAAAAUGGGAGUUUCUUUAGCUAUUGCUAAGCAAAAGUGGCUCUAUAUGGACAUUUCAAUCAAGAAACAAUUACCAUUCAUCUUCAAUAAAUACUUGCCCUUGUAUGGGUUAGAAGGAAUCGUUAGAGAUGGCUUUAUUCGCACAUUUGGAUAUACUGGUCAGUUAUCUGCAAUGGAGAGCGUAGAAGCCUUAACAGCUCUCUUGGAGUUAGAUAAGAGGCUUUUAGAUAAAGACUCGGCAAUAACAGAUCAGAAUAUUGAUGAUGAUGAUUUUGGCUCUGAUGGAAACAUAAUUGCACAAUUACAUAAAAAAGAGAAAAUUUGGGUAAGUAAUUUUUGGAUAUCAUGGGAUGCUUUGAGCAUGGAAGCGACUCGAUCUAAUACUUCAUGGGAUGUACAAAAGUCGCGAGGUCUAACCUUGCUAUUACAGGGCCUAGAACAUGCCAAGCAGAUUCAGCAAAUUAUAUUUAAGACAGGUGUAUCUGUUUUAGAGAGAAAACUAAUCAAAAAUUUAAGGUUGUAUAGAUUAUGUGUGCUAAAAAGUGGAUCAAUACCUGACCUUGAAAUAUUCAGUAAUCCCUUAAUGUUAUCAAAACUUGGAAGUUGGCUACUUGAUAAUAUAACAGAGAUAGAUUUUGUUAAUAAUAAUCGUUCAUUAAGACCCCUUAUUGUUGCAAGCUUGAAUGUGUCCAGCGACGUGUAUCUUGUUAUAGGGUUAGUUCCUAAAUACCCUAGGGGAAUGAAUAGUAUUAAUGAAAAACGUGGUAGUGAAGCGCAAGAAACUGUUUCAAGUACAACGCGUCUUAAUACUUUCAGUGUUGCAUUUCAGCAGGUUGCGAGCACUUCUGGAGCUAAAGUUAGAAUUGAUAGUUUUGACAGCUCUGUAAUCGAAAUUAGACGGGAAGACCUUUCUCCUUUUCUUGAGAAACUCACAUUGAGUGGAUUGAUUUAA